AUGCGGAGCGUCCUGGAGGACGACGAGCCGGGCGAGAAAGGAAGGCAGAAGAAGCCACAGCCACUUGACCCCAGCGAAGGCUCCAAGGACACAGACAGUUCAGCUGGGCGGCGGGGCAGCGCAGGCAGAAGGCAUGGGCGCUGGCGGGGCCGUGCCGAGAGCCCUGGGGUGCCCGUGGCCAAGGUGGUACGGGCAGUAACUAGCCGGCACAGAACCGGCCGGCGGAUCCCCCCCACCCCGCCCCCAGAGGCCCCAGGCCGCCAGAACCUAAGCGGGGCAGCAGCUGAGGAGGCGCUGGUUGGGGCGGCUGGCUUCCCGCAUGGAGACACGGGGAGUGUGGAGGGCGCCCCCCAGCCCACAGACAACAGCUUCACGCCCAAGUGCGAGAUCGUUGGCAAGGAUGCUCUGUCUGCACUGGCCCGAGCCAGCUCCAAGCAGUGCCAGCAGGAGAUCGCCAACGUGGUGUGCCUGCACCAGGCCGGCAGCCUCAUGCCCAAGGCUGUGCCCCGGCACUGCCAGCGGGCUGGAAAGGUGAGCCCUGGCAUCCCGUGGGACGAGGUCCGGGCCCAGCAGCCUGUGGAUGGUCCCCCAGUGCGAAUCGCCUACAUGCUGGUGGUUCAUGGCCGCGCCAUCCGGCAGCUGAAGCGUCUCCUCAAGGCUGUGUACCACAGGCAGCAUUUCUUCUAUGUCCAUGUAGACAAGCGCUCCAACUAUCUGCACCGUGAGGUAGUGGAGCUGGCCCGGCAGUAUGAUAACGUGCGGGUAACGCCCUGGCGCAUGGUCACCAUCUGGGGCGGGGCCAGCCUGCUGAGGAUGUAUCUGCGGAGCAUGCAGGACCUGCUGGAGGUGCCCGGCUGGGCCUGGGACUUCUUCAUCAACCUCAGUGCCACUGACUACCCGACCAGGACCAAUGAAGAGCUGGUAGCUUUCCUGUCCAAGAACCGGGACAAGAAUUUCCUCAAGUCUCAUGGCCGGGACAAUUCCAGGUUCAUCAAGAAACAGGGCUUGGACCGGCUCUUCCAUGAGUGCGAUUCGCAUAUGUGGCGUCUGGGCGAGCGGCAGAUCCCAGCAGGCAUUGUGGUGGACGGCGGCUCGGACUGGUUCGUGCUAACUCGCAGCUUCGUGGAGUAUGUGGUGUAUACAGACGACCCACUUGUGGCCCAGCUACGUCAGUUCUACACGUACACGCUGCUCCCAGCCGAGUCCUUCUUUCACACUGUGCUGGAGAACAGUCCAGCCUGCGAGAGCCUUGUGGACAACAACCUGCGGGUCACCAACUGGAACCGCAAGCUGGGCUGCAAGUGCCAGUACAAGCACAUCGUGGACUGGUGCGGCUGCUCCCCCAACGACUUCAAGCCGCAGGACUUCCUACGGCUGCAGCAAGUCUCCAGACCCACCUUCUUCGCCCGGAAGUUUGAGUCCACUGUGAACCAGGAGGUACUGGAAAUCCUGGACUUCCACCUAUAUGGCAGCUACCCCCCCGGCACCCCAGCCCUCAAGGCCUACUGGGAGAACACCUAUGACGUGGCUGAUGGCCCCAGUGGGCUCAGCGAUGUCAUGCUCACUGCUUACACUGCUUUUGCCCGCCUCAGCCUGCGCCACAUCACCACUGCUGCGUCCCCCCUGGCCAACCCACUCUGCAGGUUUGAGCCCAGGGGCUUGCCGUCCAGUGUGCACCUGUAUUUCUAUGACGACCAUUUCCAGGGCUACUUGGUGACGCAGGUGGUGCAGUCCUCAGCCCAGGGGCCGGCAGAGACGCUUGAGAUGUGGCUGAUGCCCCAGGGGUCGCUGAAGCUGUUGGGGCACAGUGACCAGGCCAGCCGGCUCCAGAGUUUGGAGGUUGGCACCGAGUGGGACCCCAAAGAGCGUCUUUUCCGGAACUUUGGGGGGUUGCUGGGGCCGCUGGACGAGCCUGUGGCCAUGCAGCGCUGGGCCCGGGGCCCCAACCUCACAGUCACCGUGGUAUGGAUCGACCCCACCUAUGUGGUGGCCACAUCUUAUGACAUCGUGGUAGACGCGGAAACGGAGGUCACGCAGUACAAACCCCCACUGAGUCGGCCCCUGCGGCCAGGGGCCUGGACUGUUCGACUGCUUCAGUUCUGGGAACCCCUGGGUGAGACUCACUUCCUCGUGCUGCCCUUGACCUUCAACCGCAAACUACCUCUCAGGAAAGAUGAUGCCAGCUGGCUGCACGCUGGGCCACCCCACAACGAGUAUAUGGAACAGAGUUUCCAGGGCCUGAGUGGCAUCCUGAACCUGCCUCAGCCAGAGCCUGCGGAGGAGGCUGCCCGACUACAUGCAGAGCUCACUGGCCCAGCGCUGGAGGCCUGGACAGAUGGGGAACUGAGCAGCUUCUGGUCUGUGGCCGGACUGUGUGCCAUGGGCCCCUCCACCUGUCCCUCCCUGGAGCUCUGCAGACUGACCAGCUGGAGCUCUCUGUCCCCGGACCCCAAAUCAGAGCUGGGGCCUGUCAAAGCAGAUGGGCGACUCAGGUAGCAGGGUCCCAGCCAGCGCCUCCGGAAGACCCAGGAAAUUGCACCUUACAGAUGACAGAGGGCUGUCUCCCUCACAGGCAAGAACCAGAGGCCCAGGCUGUACACCCUUAUCAGCCACCAAGAACCCACAGACGGCAGGGAAGGUGGGCAUAGUAUUUACCACUGAAAUGGCUCUGCUGGGGACCAGAUGUUAGCAGGAACAUGGGGAGAAGGGCUCUAGCUUCCUCACCUUCUCCUCUAAUUUUUUUUUCUUUUUUUUAAAAGGAAAAUGGGUGGUGGGGAAUGAACUGGAAACAAAAGAUGUGCAAUAGGGCCCAGAGCAGGGCCAGGAAGUGGGCCAAGGCUCUGGGGAGCAGGGGCCAGACAAGCCCAUCUGCUGCUGCUCUGGAGGAGGCUGGGUCUGCCUCACUCUCUAGGGCCUCAUCCCCCAGCUUUGGCCUGAGGUGCUCACGGCUGAGGCUUUCUGGGGCUACAAGUGCUGUGGCAGGCUCUGAGAGCUAGAGAACGGGUGAUUAGGGAAGCAUUGCAGAGCUGGACUCUAAUGGGUCAGCCUCUCCUCUUGUAGCCAGGGGACCACAGAAGAGGGGGCGGGGCUGGCUCUAGGGCUUUCCAGCAUACCCUGCCCCUUGAUGGGAAAGACAGGGCACCAGGGCCUGCUGAGACCAUUGCAGUCUCCCAGGUACCCAGAACUGCAAGCAGGGCCUGGGUUUCUGCCCUCGAGUGGUAAGCCCUCAUGAGCAACAUGGGAAGAAGACUAUGCCAGGGCUCUCAGAAGAACCUGGAGCAGCAUUGUGCCUGAAGCUCAGUGUGAAGUCUGAAAUAUGCAACAGAAGAAAUAUAUCUCUAUCUCUCUCA